UCUCCGUCGUUCGAGAUCUCCUACCUCUGUGUGUGUGUGUGUGUGAGAGAGAGAGAGAAAGAAAGACGGCGUUCUUCAUCUCACUUCAGUAUCGCCUCCGUGCGGAUUAAGCGAUGUCUUCGUCUUAUUUGCAGUGAAGAUUACCCAAUUUGCACUUUGAAGAACUUGUAGAGAGAUAUACAGAGACUAUUACUAAUACAGGUGUUUCACACAACUGACUAUAGGAUGGGGUGGAAAGAGUCAUCGAUUUCAGGUGAUGGUGGGCCCCAUAACAGCGAUGAAGCUGGACCCAGUAGUAGCAACUUCAUUGGAACCAGUAGUAAAUCAACACAGAAUGGUGUUGUCCGCAAGUUUCCAGUUGCAGCACAGCCAGAAAUUAUGAGAGCUGCUGAAAAAGAUGACCAAUAUGCCUCUUAUGUCUAUGAAGCGUGUCGGGAUGCUUUUCGCCACAUCUUUGGUACAAGGGUUGCUAUGGCUUAUCAAAAUGAGACAAAACUUCUGGGGCAAAUGCUCUAUUAUGUCUUAACAACUGGUGCUGGUCAACAAACAUUGGGAGAGGAAUAUUGUGAUAUCAUUCAGGUAGCUGGACAAUAUGGGCUUCCUCCGACACCUGCACGACGUUCUUUAUUUAUUAUGUAUCAGACAGCUGUUCCUUACAUUGCAGACAGAAUUAGUUCCAGGGUUGCUUCUCGUGGCAUUGCUCUCGCUGAUUCACUCUCAGAUGAGUUGAGUGAGAACAAUGUACAGGACAACUACCAAGCCCCUUCAUAUGACAGAAGGGAAGAACCAUCUUUCACAACCUCAGGAGCAAGAAUAUCCAUGCUGUCAAGAUUUAGACGGAAAAUUAGUGCAUUAUGGAUACAUACCAUUCGAAGAUGGCCAUCAAUGCUUCCUCUUACUCGAGAGAUUUUGCAAAUAAUUCUUCGCACUAACCUCAUGUUCUUCUACUUUGAAGGAUUAUAUUAUCACAUAGCAAAGCGUGCUGCAGGAAUCCAUUAUGUAUUCAUUGGAAAGCAAAUGAACCAAAGGCCUAGAUACCAAAUCUUGGGCAUAUUUCUCUUAAUUCAAUUAUGCAUAAUUACUGCUGAUGGAUUACGUAGGAGCAAUCUAUCCUCCAUUGCAAGUUCAGUUCAUCCAACCACAAUGGGUGCCCACCAGGGCACAUUAGUACGUGGAGGUCUACCUCUACUAAAUGAAGAGGGUAACUUGAUUGCUGCAGAGGCUGAGAAGGGGAAUUGGGUCACUGAUACAACAUUGUCUUCGGAGUCGGAGGGUAGAACCAGCAAAUGCACGCUUUGCCUUAGUAAUCGUCAAUACGCAACUGCCACUCCUUGUGGCCAUGUUUUCUGCUGGAAUUGCAUCAUGGAGUGGUGCAAUGAGAAGCCAGAAUGCCCUCUAUGUCGUUCUCCGACGACUCAUUCAAGUCUAGUAUGUUUGUAUCAUUCGGAUUUCUAGUUAGUUGUAUAUACAGGUCAUCAUCUUACUAAGAAGCAGGAUUAAAAAAAUAAGUUCAGUAUAAUUUUUUAGUUGCUACACAUUUCCCCCUGAAGACUGUAGUAACUGCAGACAUUUACUCUCUUUAAUCUUUCAUACAAAUCUACCAUGUAAGGUAAAUGUAUAAUAAUUAACUAUCUUGUUUGGUUUAAAUUAUUUAUUAAUAGUAAGUUAUGAACUCUUCAAUCUCUUUGGU